AUGAUGGAUUGCUCAAAAAUUGCCGCCAUCGUCAACGGAGUCCCGGUGGCUAUCGCGCCCCCUGAGGGCUACGUGGUCGACUUCGACCACCCACAGCAAAACAGCUUGAUCCAGGCAUACUGGCUCUUCAGCGUCGGGAACUUUCUUACGUUUCUCUUCAUGUCCCAGCGGGUGUAUGUAAAGCUUAUCAUCCAGCGGCGAGUGCAAAUAGAAGAUGGUAAGAUGCUGACACUCGGUAUCAGGAGACUUCCUUCGGGGAUUAUGGGGGUGCACGGCUGGGAGAUGCCUCUCAGCAAGUUCAUGCUCUUUAUGCAGUCGCUCGUCAUAUUCAUUGUGGUAGGCUCGUCGGUGGCCAUCAUGUUCGCCACCAUCUUUGCAUGUCAGCCAGUUGCGGCCGCAUGGGACCUCACAAUCACGGAGUUCACAUGCAUCAAUCGUGUGGCCUUGCACGAAGCCACGGCCAUCAUAGGUGCCGUCACUGACUUGCUCGUCUUGGCUGUGCCAGUCUCUAUUGUCGUCACGCUGCAGAUCACGACGUGGCUGAAGAUUGGGCUGAUUGGCUUUUUCAUUAUUGGUGCGAUAACCUCAUUUACUUCCAUCAUGCGACUGGUGGCCCUCAUUAACUCGCUGGAUAAUGAGGACAAGUCGUGGGGCGCCGGCGUCGUACUUCUCUGGAUCUUUGCUGAAUCCAACUUGGCCAUCAUCUGUGGGCCCACGACGACAAUCAAACCCUACGUCGCCCCUCGGCUCCUCGGCUCGAGCGCGAACACGUCCAAGUACGGGGCUGGGGGCAACACGGCGAAGAUGGGCAACUCGUCGCACGCGCUGCGCACAUUUGGUGGCACGGGCGGCGGCAGCGAGACUUCGACCUUGGUGUGA